UAACCUUCCGGAUCUCACACACAGCUUCUAUAUCCCAUAAAGCUUUUCAGCGCCUUAAAGCCCACACAGCUGAGCCAUGGCCAAUUUCCAGAUCACUCCCCGCUCUGCACUGGUGGAGGGCAAGGAGCUCAACUUCAGCAACCUGUUCUUGUUCCACACUCCCAUUGGAUCAAGUCCUAACCAAUCAGCCAUAACAGAAGCGAACGCAACAACCGGUUUGGGUCGCACAGUCGUCCACAACUGGCUGAUCUACGAUGGCCCUGGCUCUAAUGCCACCCUUGUUGCCCGUGCACAAGGCCUGCAUACCUACGCCGGCAACUGGCAGAAUUCUUUCAGCAUAGUGUUCGAGGUUGAAAGGUUUAAAGGGUCGACGCUCCAGGUGAUGGGGAUAUCGGUCGAAGAAGGUGAGUGGGCUAUCGUUGGCGGCACGGGACAAUUCGCUAUGGCGAAUGGUGUGAUCUACAAAAGGUUUCAUGAGCAGAGGAGUGAUGGUAACACUAUAGAACUCACUGCCCAUGGGUUCUGUCCCAUGCUGAAAGGGGCACCGAGCCUUCUCACAAAGCUUGGGCCAUGGGGUGGAAAUGGAGGGACAGAAGAAGACACCACGGAAGCAGCACCCAAGGGUCUAGAAAGCAUCACUGUUUUCAGUGGCGAUGUUGUCGAUUCAAUUGGGUUUUCUUACGUUGAUCAGGCUGGCAAGAAGCAUACCGCCGGUCCAUGGGGAGGUCCCGGAGGAAGUCCUCGCCAGAUCCAACUUGCCCCGUCUGAAUAUGUGAAGGAGGUCUCUGGAACAUUUGGGGAUUACUACGGCGUCAAUGUUAUAACAUCACUUACGUUUGUCACCAGUCUCAAAACGCAUGGGCCUUUUGGACAGGAGGAUGGAACCCCUUUUACUGUCCCCGUGCAGAAGAAUAGCGGCAUUGUGGGCUUCCACGCGCGCGGUGGCAAGUUUCUCGAUGCAAUUGGCGUUUAUGUGCGCCCACUCUGAGCCAGCUGCUUGUUUAUACUCGGUUAAUAAAAUAAGACGGGGAUCUCUUUUCUUGCAGUUAUAGGGAUCCUUUGUAGCUGCAGGACUUCUGAUUUCCCUCAGCCGUGGUGAAUAAAAAUCUCAGUUUGAGAUUGUUCUGUUGAGAAGAAUGAUGUUUUCCAUCGAAUUUUAAUACUGUAAUCAUAUAUAUAUGUACUUGUAAUCAAUCCCUGAGUGAUUUUGUGCAAACACACAGUUUUAAAUAAUAUUUACUGGUGUGAAAAA